CCGCACAUACCGUACGUCAGUACUCAUUUACCCCUCCUAAGUUCAAUCAAACGGAUAGAAUCAGCGAUGGGCAACGAAGGCAAACCUGACACAUAUCCACGACCACAUAAUCUCCUGCGACUGAAUCGAGAUGACAGGUUUCUAGCCGAAUACAGGGAAAUGUACCUUUUCAUCGGGAACGCUUUCGUCAGCCGGGGAAGCAAAACAUCAUCGCCAACGAAUGUCUUUGCAAAUUCUCCUGUUCCUGACAGCUUCCGGACCGCGGAAGGGAUGUACAUCGUAGCUGAUGCAUAUGGAGUAUGGCGUUAUCUUUUGACACCUGCUGGUUUUGUGCUAGUGAUGGAAGGAGGCGAUAUCUAUGACGAGCAAGCAUUGUCGAAGGCGGUCAACGAGACCUUGGAUUGGAACCUCGAGGAAGUGGAUACCUCAUCCAUUGCAACAUACAUAUUACUUGAGGAAGAGGACACCGUCAUGGGGCCCCCCGAUGAGAGACCUGGGAAUAAAGUCUACUGGAUCCAGCGCGUUGGCGAACACCACACUCCGGCUAAAAAACCGGUCAACCCCUAUUACUACAGGCAGAUCCGCCUCUCCGAUACAUGUCGCGCUAAAGAUGGGAAGCUUUUUGAGGUCUAAGUCGCACCCUUCUUUCAUCCGAGAACACGGCUUAGAACCCAUUCUCCAAAACCAAUCCACACCAUACGAAAUCAUUGGCGUCACCGGCGACAACAAUUUGUCAGGGCUGUCGUUUUGCCAGAUCUGAUUCUCGGACACCACUGCCUUCUCGCAAAACUCAGCCUCUCAGUUUGUUUACCCUCGGCGGAAACUGCAGAGCCAAUAACUCACAUUCCCGAAACGGCCUGCAUUACGAAAAAAGACCAGACACAUCUUGUCUCAUCACAAUGAACAUCCUUCCCAAUCUUGGGCGAAUAAUUUGGAGUUACUCUAGUUAAUUUGCCAAACUUCGAUGCCCUGAUUUCACGAUUUGUUUCCUCCACUUCCCCCCUUCGCGAAACAGGCGGUCUUCGAUGUUCUGGCGCGCGAGGGGUUCGAGGAUGGGUCCGCGACCGCAGAAUCCCGACCGGCUGUUUAUGGGGUUUGGGACGCAGGCCACUUCUGGUCGAGCGUCUGGAUAUGGGGGAAGAACCGGGACAGCUUCUGUUCGUCGUGGCCGUCUGAGUUGAUGUGCAGGCCAUCGCAUGUAUCUGCUCGAGAGCCGGACAGACAUCCAUCAGUAGUUUAGUUUGGGCUUGGAAAUCACGUAGGAAGGGCUCGAUUUUGUCGCUGGGUCUUUGUCCUCCUCCUCCUCCACCUCCUCCUCUUCACUGUCGGUCUCGGCCGAUUCUU